AAUUCCGGGUCAUCCGUCUCAGUGCUCACCGCUGGAGCGAAUAUUGAGUUUAAAAAAAAUUCCGGAAAAAUUGGAAAUAGGGGAUACCCUUGACACUCAUUCAUCAAUCGAUUUUCCGGUGUUCAUUACAGUCUUUAUCGGCGAUUUAUUCACCCUCGCGGUCAGUCGUUAUUUAUGAGCCAUCGGAGAUAGUGCGGAUGUAACAAAUGGACUUGAGUGCAUAUGUACGUGUCCUAGGAACAAUGGGAAAUAGUCUGAAUCGUGGUGGAGGGCUCAUGAUGCCAAUGAAACUCGUUUAACUGAGUGCCGAGUUACGGAGGCUGCGUGGAAAUCUGAGAUCGCCUUCAGAUGAGGCUCGAGUGUCUCUGUGAGAGGAUUGGAUCUUUAAAUAAUUAGAUAGUGGACCGCUGGAACUGCAGUGCAUGUGGUGUGUUGAGUGAAGGUAUUUCUUGAAAAAUGUUCGGCUCUUCGCAAGCAGGACCUUUCGGUACGAUAGAGUAUCGUCUCCUAACGGAAGAUAAAAUUGAAUCGGCGAUUGAAAUUCAACAGAAGUCUAUGCGACAGGAGAACGUGGCUCUUGGGGUCGGCCUCUACGAGGAAGAGGGUGGCCCCGAGGCCAUGAAGACAGUUUUCUACGAAGUUAUCAAGGACAAUUGCACUAUCGUUGCGAUCGACGUUAGAACUGAAGAAGUCGUCGCGGUGUCGUUUAAUAAACUGCACGCGCCAUUAGCCAUCGGCGAGACAGAUCCUCUCGAGGAAGUAGUGAAAAACCACGUGAAGGCGCGAUCCAGCCUUGCCCUCAUUGAGUUCCUCGGUGAUGUUGAGUCACGAGUGGAUCUGUUUGAGAAAUACAACACGCGAGGGGCCAUGGAGGUCUUCUACGUGGGCACGGACCCCAAGUACCGGGGAUUCCGGAUCGGGCAGGGGGUCGUGGCCGCCUCGCUGACACUCGCCAGAGGCCUAAAGAAACGCGGAACCGGUGAGAGUGCGGUCAUUCCCGAAGUUGCCUUCGGAGUUUUCACUUCGAAUUAUAGUCAGAGGAUUGCGGAUAUCCUCAAGUUCGAGUGGCUGCAGACUGUCAACUACUCGGAUUACGAGUACUGGGGGAAAACUAUGGCUGAGAGAAUUGGGAAUGAGCACAAGUGUGCAAAAUUGGGAGCGUUGAGGCUAUGAAUUAUCAUUUUCAUUUUUUUUAUUGAUAUUCAACAAUCGUUUGUUGACAUUGAACAGUCGGUUGUUGAAAAAAUAAUUAAAAUGAAUUAAUAAUUAAUAGCUAUUAAUUGAUAGUUGAUGUAAUAAAAAAAUUGUCAUCAAAUUUACUUUAUCGAACAUAAUCUCACAGCAGAGGGUUUUGAACUUACAACCCUCAAAUUAUGGGACUAGUGCUCUUACCAAUUGAGCUACGACACGUCCUGUAGUAAUGAUUGUAUUAUUGAUUGAAAUUUUUUAACCAACAUUCAUUAUUAAUCCUCAGUAAUGACUUGUUAAAUUUUAACAAACGUUUGUUGGGUAUUUUUCUCAUAAAUAUGAGAAAAUGAAUAGAAAUAAUCAGGAUGGCUGAGAGAAUUGAGAAUGAGCACAAGUGUGCGAAAUAUAAUUUUAAUUUGUUCCAUUGAAAUUCAACAAUUAUCUGUUGACAUUCAACAAUUGAUUGUUGAAAAAAUUAAUCAACAUUAAGUUAUUAUUAAUUCAUAGAUAAUUAAUGCAUUAAAUAAUUUAGUAGAUUUGACGAAAUACCGAUACACUCUAGUGGCAGGUUUCACCACCUUCAGAAUUUAGGACCAAAGCUCUUACCAAUUAAGCUAUAAGUUCUAUGAUAAUGAAUGUAUUAAUUGAUAUAAUUCAAUCAACAUUCAUUAUUAAUCAUCAUCCUUCGAUCCGCAUUAAAAUCAGUAAUUAGUUGUUAAAUUUGAACAAAUGAUUGUGGAAACUUCUCUCCUUGAAAAAAAAUCCAAAACGAUUAGGAAUAAUCAACAGGAUUAAUAACAAAAACAGUCCAAUUAUCAGUACAUUUCUUUUUAUUUAAACCUGCCUCAGUACGAGUUCAUUAUAUUACAUAUGUAUACAGUUCAAUCUGACGUCUGAUACCUCCCACACAGAAAAAUCCAACUCUAUGGAUAAAAUCUCGCACUGGCCCUCAGACUACACGAGUGAGUUUGACUCACAUCGUGAGAAUUCAAUCGCAAUGCGCAGCAGGAGGACGAGAAUUGAUAUUUUCCAAUAGAAAAAGUGGAGUCAGAUGACUCCAUUGGUUUGUAGAAUUAAAAAUGACUCGAUAUCCAUUACAAUUGUCCUAGCCAUACAAUCAGGAUUACCUCAAAUUUUUUUUUGGAACAUUAAACUCCAUUAUGUUUCACUUUUACAUUUACUUUUUUAUUCUCACUAGAAGUUUGUAUAAAUAUUCGUAUUAAAUCCACGAUCUCAUGAAUUGUCCUCUGCCUAAUAGCUAUAAAUAUGGAAAAAUGAAUUACGCUGACGAAAUAAUAAGAAUUUUGUUUUAUUAUUUUUCAUUUAUUCAAUAUGGAAUAGUCAUAAAAUGCACUUGCUACAUAUUUCCAAAUGAUGAUUCUUCAUGACAUUAAACCAAAUAUUCUUA